AUGCCUCCAGCAGAAAUAACUCUCCCUCCCAAGCUCACUCGUGCAGAAGUCGCUUCGAUUCAACACGAGCUUAACGCCGUGCAGUCGAAGUCUGGCACGUCCUCCUUCAAAGACCUUUUCUCUGUCUUCUACUCUCAGCCGUUGGUGGUUAACCACCACCGAGUCUUCGACUCGGUGCCGUCUAUCUGUCAGAUUAAUUCGUCUACUCAAUGCAUAGACCAAUCAGCCCUCAGCUCUACCAACGAUGAUUCAGCUAAUUUGUAUUAUUAUGGUGAAGAAGGCUCAGGGAACACCAGCACCGAUAUACGUUUACAAUCACCAAAUUCUUGUGAUACUCCAAUGCCGCAGCUACAUGAGCACUCGGCCAGCCAAGUAGCGCGGAAUCACUAUCGAGCUUAUUCAGAAGAGUCUUUCCCCCUCGCAUUUCCUCUGGUCCUGGACAUGUUGUCACCAUCGGCUUACCCUCAAUCAUUUUUAGACACGUCGGCACCAUUGACCUCAGCCAAUUCGUCCUUGAAUAGGCCUAUCGAGGGCUCCGGCUAUGGCCCAGAUUCUUCAUCAAUAUCUACUGACGAUUGUCAAGCCACUUCUUCUCCAGAUCAUGACUUGAAAAAAUCCUAUUUUGAUCAGGACAGCGACUGCUACUUUCGCAGUAUUCCCCGUAUUGAGUUCAUAAAAGCACCAGCUGAGCAAAAGGGGCUCAUCCAUCACUGGAUUACUUCGCUUUACUUGGGGAUGUUACCAGUUGCAAGAAUUGAUAAACCCCAGCACAAUAUGUUCAUGCCAAUCGCGCUGGCUGGAUUAAACUCAGGACUUCAACAGUCAACUGCAGAGAUGGCCGUGUUUCACGGCAUCUGUGCUGCUUCGGCAUUCAACCUUUCGAUCCUAAAAGGUCCCGAAAGCCACUUUAAUCAGCUCGCUACCAAACACCGACAGCUCGCGCUUUACCAUCUGCGCCAGUGCAUGGAGAAGGGCCAGGCCAAGAGCGAAUGCGUCUGGGCGGCCAUCAUAACAUUUGUGUUCCAAGCAGGAGUACUCGGCCAGGGAGGUGAGUGGAGAGCCCAUAUAAAGGGUUUGAAUUUCGCCAUCCUCGCCAAUCCGCACCUGAUUCGAAACAGCCAUGUCGCACAGGGUAUCUACGAGACACAUCUUUGUCUUAGCAUUCUCGGAAACACUCAAAGUGAUGUCGACCUCAAGACGUUAUGGCCUCCUGGACUGGACUAUAUUGGAUCGGUUCAUGGAAUGACUCUGUCUAUACUAGAGAUUGUUUCCAAGAUUAACAAUCUCAGCUCAGUCAAGCCAUACCCAUCACCCACAAUAUUGGACAGGCUUGAGAUGGAAAUCUUACUGUACUCUCCCGAAAGCGUGUCAACGCAAGGGCUUGACGGGCGCUCGGCGAAACUGCUCAUUCACUACUCCUAUAUCUAUAAAUAUGCAACUCUGAUACAUUUCCACCGUGUGAUUCACGGAAAGAUGCCAUGUAAGUUGCAAGAUUUGGUUGAAAUUGCGAUUGAGCAUCUAGAAUCGUCUGAAGAGAUAGGAAACCGGCCCAAAGGCUGCAUUUGGACUUGGCCCUGUCUGGUGAUCUCCGCUGAGUGUACCACACCACAACUGCAGAGUCGAAUGCUCGCAUGGUUUGAUAGUAAGAAGAGGCAUGGAUUCAAGAAUCUGGACGGCGCAUGCAAGCUUUCAAGUGAGCUGUGGAGGAGGAGACUUCUGCACUCCGAAGACCCGAAAGACCUGCAUUGGCAAAGUUUGAUCCAUGAAACAGAAUACGACGUCCUCCCACUUUAG